AUGAGCACGGUCAUUCUGUGCCAUACGGAAUCGCCGAACCUCGAUGCGCUCCGAGCCUCCAACGCGAACAUCGUGCGCUAUUCGGUCGGAGUGAAGAUGAACGAACUGAAAGGUGAGCCAGCCAACCGAACCCCUGCCCAGACCUGUCCAAAUUUGAGAUAUGCUAAAGCAGUACGCCUCCGUUCGCAUCCAAAAUCUCGGUCUCCACAUUCAGAACCGUGACACGAAGCUUCGCAUUUUGGAGGAUAUGGUAAUUGGGUGGUUAGAUGAGGCUUCUUGAUUUCGAACCGAACAGGAAAUCACGAAAGAGUCGCUGGAGGACGCCGGCUCGUUCGUCUCGCAGUUCUUCCGCUGGCUCAUCUCGGAGGUGCUCGUCGAGGGCGCCUUCAUCGACUUCCUGCUCACGAUUCCGAUUGAGAACGCCUCGCAGAUCUGUCUCGCAGUGCAGGGCGUCAGUAAGAAGAAGGUGUCCCUCUCGGUCCCGCAACUUCAUUAAUCCUCUUUUCAUUUCAGCUGUCCGUCCGGCUCGUCAGCAGAUUCCUCUCGACGGAACUUGCUCCUCACAACAGGUCUGUCCUCUGUUUUGUGUUCUUCUCCCUUUCCGUCCCGACACAAAUCCCUUAGCAACCACGCGCGCCCCCUUUCCCCGUCUAAUGAGCUCUCGCCCAGUCGCCGGGCGGUUUGAUUCGUUUAGUGCAUUCUGCCGUGUCCAACUUUUGUUUCUCAUCCACCUGCCAGCCACCCUCUAUUUAUACGUUUCAGAAGAAUUAUCGAUAUUUAUAUAAACCAUGAUAUAAUGAUCACGAAUCCGAAUCCGAGAGCCAACUCGGCUCACAAUAGGUACGAAAGGAUACGGACGGUUGGAAAAGGUGAGCAGAAUUGGAGAUUAGGAGAGAAAAUGAUGAUGAUGACGUGGCAGGAGCAUUCGGAUCGGCGGUGCUCUACAGACGGAGAGAGGACAGUUCGCUGGUGAUUAUAAAGGAAAUCAACAUGUACGAUUUGGACAGUUCGCAGAGAAGAUUAGCCUUGAACGAGGUUGGUGCGAGAGGACAUCUAGUUGUAUGCGAAUCCAAAAGUGACUAACCCAAUUGUUCCAUCUAGACUAAAGCAAACUUGGCAAUCAGUGAACCAAGUUGUCGCCAAUCCGCCAAUUCCCUUUCAUAAUACUAGUGUGACAUAGAUGUUUGAGCCCCCGUGCCUCCAUUCUUUCCAGUGCUAAUCACACGAAAAUGAAAGGUUUCGCUGCUGUCCCGCAUCGAACACCCCAACAUCAUCGCCUAUUAUGACUCGUUCGAGGAGGAGGGCGUGCUCAUGAUCGAGAUGGAAUACGCGGACGGCGGGACGCUGGCGCAGCUGCUCGCGCGGAGCCAGAACCUUCUCGAAGAAGAGCUCAUCGGCGACAUGAUGAUCCAGAUGUGCUCGGCGGUCGCGUAUUUGCACGAGAACAGUGUGCUUCACAGGUUUUUGGAAAGAGAGAUCAUCUGAAUUCAGAGGGACUUUCAGAGAUUUAAAAACUGCAAAUGUGUUCCUGACGCGAGAUUCGUUCGUUAAAAUUGGCGAUUUCGGAAUUUCGAAAAUAAUGGGAACGGAAACAUUGGCUCAAGGAGCGAAGACCGUCGUCGGAACUCCCUACUACAUCAGUCCGGAGAUGUGCUCCGGAGUUUCGUACAACGAGAAAAGUGACAUGUGGGCACUGGGCUGCAUUCUCUACGAAAUGUGCUGUCUGAAGAAGGCGUUCGAAGGAGAUAAUCUGCCCGCAUUGGUCAACAAUAUCAUGACUGUAAAUACGCAAUUCCCAAGAAUCCAAUGUAGAUCGAGGUGUUUCAGUGUGCGUAUACUCCCGUCAAAGGACCGUAUUCGUCUGAAAUGAAGAUGGUGAUCCGAGAGCUUCUCCAGCUGGAUCCUCAAAACAGACCGUCGGCUCCCCAGGCACUUAAGGUACUCAGUCCCGUUUUCUCUCAAUCCAUUCGGUUCCAGAUGCUCCGUCCUUCCGAGAAUCGCCAUCGACACACUUCGGGAUCAAUGCGCUCAUCCGCCUCGUUUUCGACCCUCUACGAUCUUCACAUUUCCACAAUCGCCCUCUCCCAGAUAUCCGAUUUGCCGUGUCGAAUAUCAGUGAAACAGAUUGUGCUCAGUGAGACGCACACUCUGAUUCUCACGAACGACAACGAAUUGUUCGCGUUUGGAGACAAUUCCUGCGGUCAGCUGGGCUUCGGCACAUUCACCAAAGCGUCAGUUUCAACAUGAAAAUUCAAAGGAAACCGGAUAAUUGCAGAGAAAGUGCCCGGCUCGUGGACAGUUUGAAAGGAAGAGAUAUCCAGACGGUGGGAGCUGGAAACUACUUCAGGUGACAUCUUCUGACCGUCUCUUUCCCAAUCCCUCGUUUCCAGUGUUAUUUGCUGCGACAGAGGGACUUUGAUGACGUUCGGAACGGCCAAGAACCUCGGAUUGGGACGGGAUGCCAAAGAUUCGGCCAAACCGAUUCUCCUGGAACAGUUGCUGCGGGAGAAUAUCAAGGAUGUUUACUGCGGAUACGAUCACGCCGUGGCCGUCCUUGAGAACGGAGAGUGUCUCGGAUGGGGCAGCAAUCAGUUCGGACAGCUCGGACUGCCCACUCUCGAUCACUUUUUCACGCCCACAAAGGUAGGAAUUAGCAGUGGGAGUGAGUGUAAACAGAAGACAAAUACCAGAUUCCGAUGCCUAAUAACAAGAAAAUCGUGUACGGCAAAGCUGGGAAAGACGCGACAAUGCUGUUGUCGGACGACGGAACUCUCAUCGCGAUGGGUUCGAACAAGCACAACAAACUGAAUCUCGCGCAGAGAAUGGGAUUCUUCUCAAAGGAGAAAAAGGUGAGAAAAGACUGAGGAAUGGGAAAAAACUGGGAGUGAAUUGAAGACUUCCACUGAUUACGUGAACAAGCCGACGAUUCUGCAAGGGUUUCCGGAGAGAGUCGUCGAUUUUUCGGUGGGAACUUUCCACUCUGGAGGUACAGACACUCUUCCCUCGCUUCUUGAGAUGUUCAGAAUGUUUCAGUGAUUUUGGAAUCCGGGCAGGUGAUGCUUUUCGGACGGAAUAACAACACUGAACUCGGCUUGGGACACUGCCAACGGAUGGCGGUCCGGUGUGUGAAACCAGUGAAGUCUCUGCUCCAUCACGCCUGCACGGUUAGGACUCUCUUUGUCUCUUUCCCUCAUUUGCAUCCUUUCAGCAUGUUCUAUGCGGCGACGGGUUCACAUUGGUGAGCACGACGGAGCAGGAAUUGUACUUUUGGGGACGGAAGGACGCGCUGGACGACUCGAUUUACAUUGAAGAUCUGGAAGAGACGGUGAGCGACAAAAAGAUGAGAAGGACGACAAGCGAGAUUUUCGACAAGAACGUCGUCACUCUGCCCUCCCUGAUCCUCAGGUAAUCUCCCGAUCUCGUGGCCUUUCGAACUCCAGAAAAUUUUUGGUCUUUUCAGGCUCCAAGACGAACGAGGAGACAAAGGCGCUCGGCUUUCCGGUCUGGCGGUUUCGAGUCGAAAAGUGCACGUGGUGGUGGAUAUGCUCGAGGGGAAAAGGUAUUUGAGCGGGGGGCCUUUAACGAGCACUCCAUCCAUUUGCAGACUUCCGUCGGCGCUCGCUGAAAGGUGUCGGAGUGGGUCGAUGUCGACGAUCAACGACGAGCCCAGCACGUGGCUGAGGCACGAGUUGGAGCAGGCAGAAUUUAUUCCGAUCGACGCUUCCAAACGAAGAGUGCGCUUCGACGUGCCCCGAAUGUAAAUAUUUCUUAAGAGUUGUGAGUUUGAAUCAUUCCAUUUGAAGGGAUUCCACAGCCAAACGAAACUCUUUGAUGCAAGAAAUCGAGGACCUGAAAAAGAAAAUAAAAGAGCAAGACACGACGUUCGAGGGCCAUCGCAACCAGAUGUCCGAUUUGGAGUCGAAGCUGCAGGAGCUGCAAACAAAGCAGGCGUUUUUGCGAAAGUCGGAGCCUCCGCCGGCGUACGACCGCAGGAAUGUGACCUACAAUAAACUGUUUCCCGAGAAGACGACCACAAGUACGGCGUGCGUUAUUCUCUAA